UCCAGCAUAACAAAACAAAGACCACAAUCAACACCAAUUUGAUGGAAAGAAAAGCUUCCUAAAUCUCAAUUUCAUACACCGAACUUGUAGCAAGAAUGGCGGAUGUGGCUUCCGGGGUCACGGAGCAUGUCCCCAAGACUGACGUGGCGGCAUCCAACCAUGAUCGUGAUGGCUCGGAAGACACCACCGCCUCGACGGCACCGGCUCAAGACGAGACCCAGCCCAUUUCUCAAAAAGGGUCGUUGGCCUCAGCUUCAAGUGUGACCGAGGCCGAUUUGGACAAUUUAUCCCCGGAGCAGCUCAAAGAGGCCUGGCGAGAACAAAAUAAAUACAUCCAACAACUGGAGCAGGCCCGUCAAAACGACGAGCACGCGUUACGUGAUCUCGAACUCAAAUUAGAAUCCUCUGGUGGAACCGCAGAGUCCCAUACCAACCGGGAGAAUGUGCUCAUCAUGCGAUUAUCGGCCAAAGAACGAGAGAUUCAGAUCCUCUCUGCCCAGAUCAACGAGCUCAAAUCCUCGCAAGCACCCACGUUGGAUGCCAUGAAGGCCACUUUGGUGGAUCCGGCCACGAAUUUAAUCAUGCGACGUCUUCGCCAAGAAUUGGUGGAAACCAAGAAGAAAAUGCAAGAAACGCAAGAGGAAUUGACGGCCUGGAAGUUCACCCCAGACUCGGUUACGGGCAAACGAUUGAUGUCCAAAUGUCGACAAUUGCUCCAAGAGAACGAGGACAUUGGCAAAAUGAUCUCGAGUGGGCGGCUUUCGAAAUUGGAGUCGGAAUUGGCCAUGCAAAAGACUCUCUGUCAAGCCAUGAAGAAAAACGAGCAAGAAAUGGAGGAGUUUGUGGCCGAGUUGGACACCGAUAUGGAGGGUAUGCAGAGCACCAUCUGUUUUCUCCAGCAACAACUUAAAGAGACCCAAGAGAAACUCAAUGCUACCACCAAUGCAGCCGACAUGAAAGCUGACCUCAAGCCCGAGCCCACCGUUGAGCCCGAAGCCGAACCGGAACCCGAGACUGAAGCCGGAGAUGAAGACAUCGAGAUGAAAGAGGAGGAAGAGCCCAAACGGCAAACCCGAGGCCGAUCCACGCCCACCAAACGAGGGGCCAAAGCCGGAAGAGGGGCCAAGCACGACAGUCCCCAACCCAGAAGUAGCCCUGGGAGACCCAAACGCAGACGAAACGUCCCACCAUCAAAAUCCGAAGACGAACCGCAGGACGACGAAGGCUCGACCGACAUCGUUCGUUCUCCCAACAUGUCUUUGUCGGUAGAUGUUGACGAAACUGACGAAACUCAGGUCAUUACCAUUGGCUCGACUAUCAUCUUUUCCCAUGAUUCAGAUUCAAAACCGGAGGCCGUCGCCAUGUAUUCACGCAAACUGUUUCAUUGCCUCAAGUGCCAGAAGGUACUGACUUCUCGCCGGGGACGGAUCCACCACGAGACCCGAUCCCAAUGCCAUUUAACGCCUUGUUCAGAAAAGCACGAGCAUGAACCCGUCCACGAGACUUUCCCAUCCCUGGAUGCGGCCAAAGCGUGGAUCGUGGAGAUGGAAUGGGACCAAAGCUUCUCCAUCACGCAGACCAAGUCUGAAUAUGUCCGGUAUCGAUGUCGACAUCGACCCAGAUAUCAGGAUCAGCAGGACUCGCAUAUUCCGAAAAAGCGCUUGACGGGUAAAGUCAGUUCGUACGAUUGCCAAGCCAAAUUGGCCAUCGUUUCGGUGAUGGUUUGUAAAUGUGUCCGAGCAGAUCUCCAGAGUAAUGUGUGUCAAAGUCAGGGUCAGAUGUUUCAACUACGUGGAUGUUUGACUCAUUCGCAUCCUCCGGAUUUUCAAGCUCAACGGAUAUCUAGGCUGACGAGAGACUCAUUGAUAACGUUAUUGAAAGCGGGUUUAUCGAAAAGGGAUAUUUUGAAGCAAUAUUGCAAUGUUGGCCAUUCCGAUGAUAAUCCCUGCAAAAUUGUGACCAUGCAAGAUCUGAGGAAUAUCGAAAAGUUUUGUAAAAAGAGCCAGCCUAACAAUCACGUCGAAAUUGAGCCCGUGACAUUGGGUCCGGCAGUGACCGAUAUUCCGGAAGAAACUUCUUUUCAGCCCAUCCAGUUGGAUCAAAACCAACUCUUAGCAGAUCUCAGCCACAAUUUGGACCAAGUGAGUGAAGAAGAUCGGCAAACAUUCCUCAAAAAAUUAGUCCAAUUCAACUUGGAGGUUAAAACCAAAGCCAAAGCGGUGCCCACCAUUCUCCAGAAGAGUGUGUUGAAAAAUCCGAACCCUCCCAAGCAUCAGGCACAUUGAAGCCAACAAAGAACAAAACGAUUACGACCUCAUUAAAUAUCACAAUAGUAAA